UUGGGUAACCGGGUUUUGGAAACCGAGGCGGAGUGAGACCUCCUGCUGCCGGGGCUCUGACAGCUGCUGUCACGGAGGACAUUUUGAGCUGCUCGGUGCUCUCGGUUAUUUCGGGUCUGACACGGAGGCGAGUGGAACCCGAACCCGGCAGCGAGCUGCGGAGGAACAGGCGACGACCAGGGAACAGCGUGUGUGAAGCUUAGCUCGUUAGCUUAGCGCCCCCAGAGCCAGCACGACCCUAGAUGCUAGUGCGCUAGCGUCCCGGCCUGCCCCUCUCCGCGGACCCCCCCACACACCAUGGCGUUAAAACGAAUCUCCAAGGAGCUCACGGACCUGUCCAGAGAUCCUCCGGCUCAGUGCUCGGCCGGACCGGUCGGAGAAGACAUGUUUCAUUGGCAAGCUACUAUAAUGGGGCCUACUGACAGUGCGUACCAGGGGGGAGUAUUUUUCCUCACUAUUCAUUUCCCUACAGAUUAUCCCUUCAAACCACCCAAGGUCGCCUUCACAACCAGAAUCUAUCACCCAAACAUCAACAGUAACGGCAGCAUCUGCCUGGAUAUACUGAGAUCCCAGUGGUCUCCAGCAUUAACAAUCUCUAAAGUCCUUUUGUCCAUUUGUUCUCUGCUCUGCGACCCGAACCCCGACGACCCGCUGGUGCCAGAGAUCGCCCGCAUCUACAAGACCGACCCGGUCAGGUACAACAAGACAGCUCAGGACUGGACGAAUAAAUACGCCAUGUGAUCCUCCUGUCACUCACUGCUGGAAUAAACUGUUGGAUUUUCUCACAAGGCCACGCCCCCUCCAUCAGACAGCCACCGCCAUUUGUUUGUGUUAUUUUUCCCCGUCCUCGGGCUUAAUGGUUAAAAUCCUGGGUUUGACGUUUGUCUGCUUGGUGAAGGCCGAGGACUCUGAGCUGUGAAUGUGCCAAUCAAAGAGUGGACUCACUGUAAACCACUGAAGACCAACUGCUACACACCGUAGAGCCGCAGGAGAAUAAUAAUAUAAUAAUAACUUAAUGCAUGUCAGUGAUUGGUUCAUGUGCUGCUGAGAACAGUCCACUUUAAAACAAAAAAAAGAUUUGACAGAGUUUGUUCUGUUAUUUGGUUUUAGUGACGAGCCGUUAGCUCCGCCUCCUCCUCACUGUUCCUUUUUGCACUGAAGAUGAAACUCGACGGCUGAUUGGUCAACGAAUCGCUCUGUGAUGAGUUUUUUUCUCAAUAAAGUUGAAGUUGUUUAUGUUG